AACAAGUGAAGGAUUACAGUUUAUAAAGAGUGAGAUAUCUCGAUUAAGAGACAAGAUAUCUGAUGGGUGUAAGAGUGGGAAUGUUUCCUCGGCCUUGUCUUCAUACUAUGAGAAAAUAGGAAAUCUCAGUCUUGCUAUAAUGCAUUUAGAAUCUACUAGAGACAAAAACCCACAAGACAAAGAGAUAGAGUGGCGUUUAAAGCGUAUAAAGAGAGCGAAACAUUACAGACAACAGCAAGAAGAAGCUCUGUGUAGAUUUGACUACAGUUCCUCUUCAGCACUAUCAUUACCAGCAACUAAACAGGUGGAAAGGUUGUCUGCAGAUAAUUUGUCAUAUAAGGAUUUUUUCUACAAAUAUGCUUUAACAAGUACCCCAGUUGUGAUAACAGGUCUAGUGAAUGAGAUGACAACUGUACCCUGGACACUAGAACAUAUAGCAGAUAUUGCUGGUGACUGUUCAGUUACACUAAAGAAAUUUGUGAAGGACUCUGUGCAAUGGGCUCGUCUAGAAGAUGCAACAACAAUGAAAGUAAAGGAAUUUAUAUCUAGUCUCCAAGACAACCAUAAACAUGAUAAUCUUUACUUGUUUGAUUGGAAUAUACCUUUACAUUGUCAACAGUUAGCAGCAGAAUUAAAAAUACCAAAAUAUUUUACAGGUGAUUUUCUGCAGCGUACUACUCAGGGCUCUCUGUACAAAGACAGUUGGCCUAGUCUAUUUAUAGCACCACAGGGAUUAGUCAGUGAACUUCAUAUGGAUGCAUUUGGUUCUAACUUUUGGAUGGCUCUGUUUAAAGGCAGUAAAAGAUGGGUAUUUUUUGACAAGGAGGAUGUGGCUUUGUUGUAUCCAGUGUUUGGUAAUCCUUGGUCAACAGAUCCAGUAUUUGAGGUUGACCUGCAGAAACCUGAUCUCAAACACCACCCACUUCUGUCCUUAACUCAACCUAUAGAAUGUAUACUUCAGCCAGGGGAGCUGUUAUUUGUACCAGCUGGCUGUCCACAUAGAGUGGAGAAUCUUGAAACGUCUCUUGCAAUCUCAGGAAAUUAUGUUGACCUUUCAAACUUUGACCUUGUUAAAGAGGAAUUAAAGGUUACAUCAUUAAUUGAUGAAAGGUCAUCUGAACUUCUCAAGCAGUUUAGUGAUCCAGAUUUUAAAUCAAACAUGUGUAGUGACAUUGAUCAUUUAUGUUGGGAAAAGUUUAAGAGUUGGACGGCAGAAGAUUAUGAAAAAUUUGAUAUUACACCAGAAAUUGUUCAAACAGAAAGAGACAGGUUGUUGAAUAAAUGAUUUUAUAUA